AUGGCCAAAAGUCUCCCCGAUGGUAAUAUUCCUACUAUUAUUGUUGGGUACAAUAUUGUCGACAGGGUUGGUAGUGGCGCUUUUUCAAAAGUAUAUAAAGGUUUAUCAUGUUCAUCUACUUCUAAUGGAAUCCGAACAACUGUCGCUAUAAAAUGUAUUGAUAUGCGAACAGCAAACUCAUCGAAACUUUCAUCAGAUUGCGUUAUUUCGGAAGUAAAAAUUUUAAAGAGGCUCAAGCACAAAAAUAUCGUACAGUUAUACGAUUUUCAAUGGGAUAAAAAUUUUAUUUAUUUAAUUAUGGAGUACUGUGGUGGCGGUGAUCUUGCAUCACUUAUUUCUCAACAUGGUUGCCUUCCCGAAGCAAUCACCCGACAUUUUUUUCGUCAACUUGCUGCAGCUAUUCAAUAUAUGUAUGCAAUGAAUGUUGCACAUAUGGAUUUGAAACCGCAAAAUAUUCUUUUAACGAAUCGUUAUCGUCCAUUAAUUAAGGUUUCCGAUUUCGGAUUAUCGCAAUAUCUCAAUCAUAGUGAAUUUACGACAUCAUUUAGAGGGUCACCUUUGUACAUGGCUCCAGAAAUAUUUAAUUAUGGUCAAUAUGAUAAUCGAGUUGACUUAUGGUCUUCGGGAGUUAUUUUGUAUGAAUGUUUAUAUGGUCGUGCACCUUUUGCUACUGACUCAUAUGAAAAACUUAUUGACCAAAUAAAAUCGCAUGAACCAAUAAAAUUUCCGACAAAUGUGCUAUUAUCAUUUGAUUGUAUGGAUCUUUUACAAAGUCUCUUAGUGCGAAAUCCUAACAAAAGGAUUCGAUUCGAAAAUUUUUUCGCUCAUCCUUUUGUUAAUUUAUACCAAGGUUCUUUUUCUACGAAAGAACUUGAGAAAGCUGAUGAAUUUAUCGAUAUAUCUUCGCAGUUGGAAAGAGAAAAUAAAAUACGUGAUGCAAUAAAAUAUUUAACCAGUGCAGUUCAGUUAUACAUGAAUUGUUUGGAGCUAUUUGAUGAGCAAAAUAAAAAAAGUCUUCGGGAAAAAAUUCGUGCAAAUUUGGAGCAUGCAGAAUGCCUUAAAGAUCGUUUAAGACCUGUCUCUGAUAAAUUUUUGCCAUCGACUCGAAUAUUUAGUGAUUGUGAUGUUUGGGCUGAUUUUCCACAGGUAAGAGCCGCUGUAGUGAUUGCAGAAACUGCUCAUGAACUUGAAAUGCAAGAAAGAUGGGCAGAAGCCCUUGAAAAAUAUACAUUAGCCAUAGAAGGAGCCAUGCGCGUUUUAACUUUAGCAAAAAAAUCACAACGUUCAGUUAAUCUUCAGAAGCAAGUUUCAAAAUGGCUUACCAAUGCAGAACAUAUCAAAACCUACAUGGAUGUCUUAGAUGAUGAUGUGGAUGCAACAAGUUAUUCAAAUAAUGAGAAUCUUAAUCAGCGGUGGAAUUUCAAUCAGUUAACUUCCAAAAAUAGGCAGUGUAAUUUUAUGUAA